CGGGUCAGGUCCGUCGGGGCAGCGCGGCCGCAGCCAUGGGGGGCCUGAAGGACGAGCUGCUCAAAGCCAUCUGGCACGCCUUCACCGCGCUCGACCUGGACCGCAGCGGCAAGGUCUCCAAGUCGCAGCUCAAGGUCCUUUCGCAUAACCUGUGCACGGUGCUGAAGGUCCCACAUGAUCCCGUUGCCCUUGAAGAGCAUUCAGGACGACGAUGAAGGGCCUGUCUCCAACCAGGGCUACAUGCCAUAUUUAAACAAGUUCAUUUGGAAAAGGUCCAGGACAACUUUGACAAGAUUGAAUUCAAUAGGAUGUGUUGGACCCUCUGUGUCAAGAAAAACCUCACAAAGAAUCCACUACUCAUUACAGAAGAAGAUGCAUUUAAAGUGUGGGUCAUUUUCAACUUUCUGUCUGAGGACAAGUAUCCAUUACUUAUUGUGCCAGAAGAGAUUGAGUACUUGCUUAAGAAACUUACAGAAGCUAUGGGAGGAGGUUGGCAGCAAGAACAGUUUGAACAUUACAAAAUAAACUUCGAUGACAGUAAAGAUGGCCUUUCUGCAUGGGAACUUAUUGAGCUGAUUGGAAAUGGACAGUUUAGCAAGGGUAUGGAUCGUCAGACAGUGUCCAUGGCCAUUAACGAAGUCUUCAAUGAGCUUAUUUUAGAUGUGUUGAAACAGGGCUACAUGAUGAAGAAAGGCCACAAAAGGAAAAACUGGACCGAGCGGUGGUUUGUGUUAAAACCCAACAUCAUCUCCUACUACGUGAGUGAGGACCUGAAAGAUAAGAAGGGAGACAUCCUCCUGGACGGGAAUUGCUGUGUGGAGUCUCUGCCUGACAAAGAUGGAAAGAAAUGUCUUUUCCUAAUAAAAUGCUUUGAUAAGACCUUUGAAAUCAGCGCUUCGGAUAAGAAGAAGAAACAAGAGUGGAUUCAGGCCAUCCAUUCUACCGUCCACCUGCUGAAGCUGGGCAACCCCCCGCCACACAAGGAAGCCCGCCAGCGUCGGAGAGAGCUCCGGAGGAAGCUGCUAGCGGAGCAGGAGGAGCUGGAGCGGCAGAUGAAGGAGCUCCAAGCUGCUAAUGAAAAUAAGCAACAGGAGCUGGAGAGCGUGAGGAAGAAACUGGAGGAAGCGGCAUCUCGUGCCGCAGAUGAAGAAAAGAAACGCCUGCAGACGCAAGCCGAACUACAGACCAGGUUCAGCACGGAGCUGGAGCGGGAGAAGCUGAUCAGACAGCAGAUGGAGGAGCAGGUUGCUCAGAAGUCCUCGGAGCUGGAGCAGUAUCUGCAGAGGGUUCGGGAGCUGGAAGACAUGUACCUGAAGCUGCAGGAGGCCCUGGAGGACGAGAGGCAGGCCCGGCAGGAUGAGGAGACGGUGCGCAAGCUUCAGGCCAGGUUGUUGGAGGAAGAGUCUUCUAAGCGGGCAGAGCUGGAAAAGUGGCACCUGGCCCAGCAGCAGGCCAUUCAGACAACAGAGGCGGAGAAGCAGGAGCUGGAGCAGCAGCGUGUCCUGAAGGAGCAGGCGCUGCAGGAGGCCAUGGCGCAGCUGGAACAGCUGGAGCUCGAGCGCAAGCAGGCGCUGGAGCAGUACGAGGGAGUUAAAAAGAAGCUAGAGAUGGCAACUAAUACGACCAAGAGUUGGAAGGACAAAGUGGCCCAUCACGAGGGAUUAAUACGACUGAUAGAACCAGGUUCAAAGAAGCCUCACCUCAUCACCAACUGGGGGCCUGCAGCAUUCACCCAGGCGGAGCUGGAGGAGAGAGAGAAGAGCUGGAAAGAGAAGAGGACCACGGAGUGACAGCUCUCCCUGUGGCCACUGCAGGCACAGUCAUCAGUGAGGAGUCCCCCUCCAGGCCCAGACAAGGACACUGGCUUUGCUGCUUCUAACCGUUCUUCCCUCAGGACUGCAGGGAGUCCGUGUCCCGAGGAUGCUGUAUUUACCUUCUAGCACUGUCUCAGCCUUCCUGGGCGAGAACAUAGGCACAGGUGUGCCUAGGGCCACCGCCACUGCCACCUUCGCAGCCCUUGCAGCCGUUGGUCUCCGUCAGCUCCCUCCUCAGGCAGUAUAUCUCUUCUGCUGAUUGGCUGGUCUGUUUGCCUUUUCCAGUCAGGGGACAUGGCAAGUCACAACAAGUUCCUUGUUGGUGCUCUGACCAGUUACUGCCCUUGUAGACUGGACAUACGCAGUUGGUGAAGCUCCCCAGCUUCUGCUUCCCUGAGCAUCGUGCACCUGGCAGGCUUCAUUUGCGUUCCCUUCCCCGCACCUCAGAACAGACCGGACCCUGGCCCAGUGUCUCAACCCAGCUCCCUGGUCAUUCUGUCCCCAGCCCUCGUCCAGGAGCGAAAAUGCUGUUGACUGGCAGAGGGGCUAACUUGAAGUCAGUGGUGAUUGUGUGGACAGGGGGAAGCUGUAUGUGGGCUGGUCAGAUGUAGAGUAUCACAGGAUAACGGAGCCCUUGUUUUAUCCAGGCUGGGUUUGUGGCUUUCACUAGGACUGUGUCUGCUUCUCCCUCCUCUGUGGGUGACGCAGGGCAUGGUUUCUGUGCUUCCUGUUUGAGGGUAUUGAGGAAGGUUUUCACCCUAGUCUGGUCUGGGAUUGAGAACAGUAAGUCAGCCUUCUCACGCUCUGUGAGCACAGUGGACGUGGACAGCCACGAUGUUCUACACUGUAAAUAGGAAGGUGAUGUCCAAGUUACAGAGAAGGUGGCAUUCAGUAACAGAGCAGAGAAUCCGAGUGUCCUGGUCCAGCCUUGCUGUGGGGCAGAGAGGAGGCCAUUCCGGUGUGUGCAAGUCUGGAGAUAGACUUCAGUGCUCCUGGUAUUUACAUAAGGACCAGAUAGAAUUCCACAAACCUCUACCUUUCAUGACUGGAAAACAUUUGCCAAUGGAAGUCUUACAAUUUUUUCUUAAGAUUUUGGGCUGCUUAAUAAAAGUGUAAUUCUGUUUAAUGUUUAUAGUUGCCUCCGUAAAGUUUAGAUUUGUAUGCAGAAUGUCACUAUCUGGAGCCUUCUUAGCUUAGCAGCUAAUUCGGGUGUGGUUUUCUUCCUGGUCAAUAGACCACCUCACUCACCCAUCUUCCUUGUUGGCGCUGCUGGGCUAUCAGACUGAGGGGACCAGGGCCUCCCCUGUGGCUUAAUGGUGUCUCCCAGGGGAUUUCAGUAUCCCUGGACAGAACGAGGAGAAGAAACGGCAAGGUUUGGACGGGUGUGAAAUCUCAGGAUGGCAGCGCAGGCCUGGGAGUCUCAGGGAGAUGGGUGAAGGGACUGUUAUGUCUUGGCUGGCAAACUAUUCCUCCUUAAACCUGACGAGGCAGGGCCUGCAGCUUCUGUGGCCAUCUUUGUCUGGCUUGGGUGCAGCCCCGAAUAUUGCCUGCUUCCUGGUCGUGCCUUGCUGUGUGGGCUGUGCAGAAGGUGUCUGUAAUCUGGUGUUGCUGGGUGGCGCGCCGGCUUCAGCAGUACUGUGGCUGGGACCUGAAAAUCCUUUUAAACAGUGGAUAAAGAAGACAGCACAGAUGUGGCCUCUGUGACUCACUAGGCGGGCGCCUGAUGCUCGCAGGUCUCUCCUGACACUUAAGGUGGCUUCAGCUAAGCCUAUCAGCCCCUUGCCUCACCCUGUAGUAGCUACAGGAAACUUCAGGAGUGUCCUUGUGUGGUCCUUGCAAUCAGCCCUUCCUACAGCUAGAGAUAAGAUUAUCUGCAGGAACUGUGAAUGAAAAACAUUUUGAAAGUCUGUUUUGGGACCUGUUGUAUUGAGAGGGAAGAAGUAUUUAAAAUGUUCAACUUUGUUAUCUAAACCGAGUACAAUGCCACAUGCUCAACUUUUCUAAGUUUUUGCCAAUUUUUCUAAGAUAUUAAAAUGUUUUCUAUGGGU